AAAAUGGUCAGUUGAACACUGGAACUGGUCCAAUAAACGAUGGUUUCACUGAACUGCUGAAAAUUCACAUCCAAAAAGAUGCUGUUAAAGGUAGAUCACAUGUGCAUCAAGAUAUUUUUUAUCUUUUCUACACUGAGUAUGAUAGAAUGUGAUAAUAUGCCAUGCACGUUCAACACGAUGUGUACGUGCUGGUUUCAAGACGACGAGGAUUUCACGAAGAUGGAUAUUAGCUGCCUGGGAAUACCUUUUGCUAGGUUUCCAGAUGUCUCGGUGAGUUACGUGUCUCAGCUGGAUGUAGUUGGAUCUGGAAUGCAAACACUGGACAAUGACGCGCUAACGAGUUCGGUUGGUGUCAAAGCUCUGGGGUUGAUGAGCAAUCGAUUGUCCAACAUUGGCGAUUUAUCCCUUUCAGGUAUCGCUGACAGUUUACGUUCGUUGGACCUCAGCUAUAAUGCCUUGGAGGACGUGCCAUUUAAGGUCUUUCGUAACCUAAGGAAACUAAACUGGCUCAACAUGCACAGCAAUCACUUAACGUCACUGGACGGUGACUGGGGACACUUGAAAGACACACUAACGGACGCCUUCUUUGGUGACAAUUCAAUCAUCGAGUUACCAAAAAUAUUCACUACGUUCGAGUCUGUAGGCUGGUUGAAUCUCGACAACAACAACAUCGAGGAACUUUCAGAAAGCAGUCUACCUCCCAACAUACACACUCUAAGCUUGAAUAGCAACCUUCUGAAAUCCUUUCCAUCCUCUCUGAGAUCGUUAAAACAUCUCAAGUGGUUGUAUCUAAGAGGAAACGAUCUGAAGACUCUCGAACUGCCUGAUUUUCAGAGUUCAGAUCUCGAUUUGAUCGACGUCAGUGAAAAUUCCAUCGAAUGUAUCCGUACACCCAGUCUGACUAAUCGAACCUUGAGGAUCAAGAACUUCAACUUGGACAGCAACAAGUUAGCAUCGUUACCAGCCGGCAUUUUUGAUCGUUUAAAGUCCGAAAGGAUUUAUUUGUCCUCGAAUUCCAUCAAGAACGUCGACGAUAAUGCCUUUCGUGGACUCGAGAACAUGUUGGAGUACCUGAAUCUGGACAACAACGACCUACCCAAUGUUCCUGGAGCUGUUAGUCGAUUGAAGAAGUUAUCUUACUUGUUUCUUGCUAAUAACGAUAUAAGGAACAUAUCUGGGGACGACUUUUAUGAAUUCGCAGGGAAUCUGAGGGUACUCUCGUUGGCUACAAAUAGCUUAGACACUGUUCCAGUUGCAGCUCUCUCUAGGUGUCAAAGGCUACUGCAACUCAAUCUGGGCUACAAUAAAAUCUCUCAUAUUCAGCCAGGUGACUUCGAGUGGUCAGAGGACUUGGAAAUCCUUUUGCUCAGGAACAACGUUUUAACGAAACUCAAAAAUGAAACCUUCAAAGGAGCAAAAAAGCUGAAGCAGCUCAGUUUGUCCUUCAACCACCUAACAGAGCUCGAUGAGGAUUGCUUCAUAGGCAUCGAAGAGAGCCUCGAGAUCCUCGAACUGAGCUUCGCAUUCGCGACUGACGUGUUUCCUCAGAGGGCACUUAGGCCCCUGUCGAAUCUUCUCUGGCUGGUCCUAGACAACAACAACUUCCAGACUAUCGACGCCACUGCGUUCUACUCGUUCCAGCAACUGCGCUACAUCAAUCUGGAAUCAAACAGACUUCACUAUCUGCCGGAACGAAUAUUCCUAUCCAGUGUGCAUCCCGAGUUGAGAGACGUGAAACUCGGUUACAAUUUCCUCGAGGCCAUACCGGAGUUUAGCUUCCACAAUCUGACCGAUUUAAUGUCUUUAGACUUGACUGGGAACAGAAUAAAGUUUCUCAAUUCGGACUCCAUCAUGGAUUGCCCGAAAUUGAUCACAAUAUCGUUGGCUUACAAUCGGAUCGUCAAAAUGGAGAAAAAUGCCUUCUACGGUUUGCCCAGUUUACAUUUCCUGCAUUUGGAGUUCAACAAAUUGACGGUUCUAGACCUGGAUGCGAUAUCGGAGAUCGGUGGCCCGGAGUUUGCUCUCAAUGUGUCCUAUAAUGCGAUUUCGAUCAUAAAUUCUGGGGGACUGAUGAAUAAUUUGACGAGAUUGGAUUUGAGCUUCAAUAAUAUUAGUCACUUACCGGCGGAUGCGUUUUAUGGGACGCCUGGACUGAGUAGCUUGGAUCUCCAGAGCAAUUUCAUCUCUGUUCUUGAACCAGGUACCUUCACAUUGAAACGUCUAGAGACGUUGAAUCUACGGAACAAUAAGAUAGAAAACUUAAGGAGGCAAUCUUUUCACUGCUUAGAACUGCUACAACAGUUAGAUCUAAGUGGGAAUCAGAUCACCCAAUUGCCCACGGAGCAAUUUCGCAAUCUGAAGAAUUUACGAAUCCUGAACCUGUCUGCGAAUAAGAUAAGAUCUCUACCCAAAGACGUUUUCGAAGGAACGAAAUUAGAGAUCCUGGACCUGAGCAGCAAUAAGUUCACCGUGGUACCGUCGCCAUCUUUCCUCGAGGUUGGCUACACUCUAAGGGAUCUCAAUUUGGCAGAUAAUUUCGUGGACCACUUAGACUCAACUGCUUUUCCAACUUCGCAAUUGGUCUCCCUAAAUUUGGCACACAAUAGGCUAACGAUUCUGCCAGACAAUUCGUUCGUCUCUUUGGGGAAGCUUUUGAGCCUCAACGUGUCGCAGAACGUUCUUCAAGCGAAUUUUAAGGAGCUUUUCCAUUAUUUGCCUGGAUUGAGGCAACUGUUUUUGGCUAAUUGUGGCCUUAGGGAUAUACCUCUUCUCCCAUUGACGAAUUUAAAUGUCUUAGACCUGUCUUUGAAUCACAUUGAUUUGACAUCUGACAAGCAGUUCCAGUAUUUGAAAGAUUUAAAAAUUCUGUGGUUAGUGAAUAACUCGUUGACUUCUAUGCCGAAUGUGAAGUUGAGUAUUCUGAGGGAACUCGAUGUGUCGGGAAAUCCAAUAGAGGAGUUGACAAAGGAAAGUUUUCUGGGAUAUCCAAGGUUGGAGAAGCUGAAUCUAAGAAAUUUAAAUAAAACCAGAUCAGUAGACAAAGAUUGUCUACGUAUUUUAAAAUACCUGAAGCAUCUACGAAUUCAGACAUGGCCUGAAGCAGAUGGUUUCCAUCUUCGAGAUUUAUUAACUGGAUUACCUCUAAGAACUGUGGAGAUUCAAGUGACAGAACAUUUGCUGGAACAUCAAAUACAAAAUGCUUUUACGAAGCAGUUGAGAGAAUUGACUAUUUCUGGAAGUGAUCUUGAAGUUAUUUCCUCAGAAGCAUUUUCUACUAUUGAAGGUGGUGAACUGAUAUUGAGAAUCAGGGACACUCGAGUUCGCAGGCUGCAGUCAGAUAUGUUUCUAUCCCUGACAAAGAGACUUUCACAAUUGACUUUGGAUUUGAGGAACAAUCAUAUAAAUGAACUCAGUCCUUCGGUUAUUUAUGGAAACCUUUCAUGGGAGAGUGUUGGUACCAAUAUGGUUGCUGGAGGUUUACAGGUAUCGGGAAACCCUUUAGAAUGCGAUUGCGAGAUCGCUUGGCUUAGUUUAUGGUUGCGAAGAUGGCUUCGAGAAUCUCGACAAAUCCACACAGCUUCUCAAUCAGAUGCCCGGCAGUUGAGAACCAUUGCUGGGAGAGCCGUUUGUACCGAGACUACCCCAUCUUAUUCUUCUGACAAAGUUUUAUUGACCUUAGGAACCCCUCACACUGCCUGUCAAGCCUCUGCCCUUAGCUCUGGUAACUAUGAGAGACUGGCCACCACCUGGUUGGCUUUAAUGGACAUUAUGCUCCUAACAAUAGUGGCCUACUAA